GUUCUAGAUACUCGACCGGCCCAUGAUAAGGUCCUCGGUGUCGCAUGGCAGAUACAGAGGGGUCAUGCUCGGGUGGAGUCCAUAUUUAAGACUACCCACCUGACUGUACCGUCCACUGGACUGGGCUCGCGCGCACGGUACGAAUUUCUCGGGAGCACUCAUCUCGUUGCCAAGAGACCUUGCGCACCGCUGCCAUCACCAUCAUGGCGCACGCCUCUCAGGACCCGGCCUUAGAUCCAGCGCACCAGCAUACGCAUGGCCACCUCCACCAUGGCCACAACGCCCACCAGCAGGGCGACGAUGUGCCGGUCUACACCACCGGCACGACCAACGAGCGCAGUACGAUCCCCGAUCCGAGCCCGCAAGAACACGGCAUUAGCCAUGGACCGGCAUAUGGGAGUGAGAAGAAGGGCGACUACAGCGUGGAUAUCGAGCAAGGAAACGUGAUCACACCCGCGAAGUCGAUGGAGGCAUCGGAGGAGUCUCCCAGCAAAAAGCGAUCCUUCUACCGGAGAUACCGUCUCUUCAUUCACUUUGCCAUAUGGCUGUUGGCGACGGGCUGGUGGGUUGCGAGUCUCGUCCUUCACCGCAAUGACAAGAACUGGGUGGUCCCAUUCCUCCUCUGGCUGGCGGUGACCAUUCGCAUUGUCACCUUGCACACGGGAACAUCAUUCGUGACGGUGCCCAUGCAUUGGACAUGGAAUCAAACUGGCGUACGAGUCAACAAUAUGAUUCCAGAGCGGUUCAGACUGUGGGCUGGUGCCGUAGUCACCGCGGCUACUAUCCUCGUGGGCACAUUCGCCAGCGCGGAGACGCCGACAAACUCCCACGAGAACCGCGCAAUCUCACUCUUUGGCAUGGUCGUCCUCAUUGCUGGCUUGUACGCCACGUCGAAGAACAGGAGCAAGAUCAACUGGCAUACCGUCAUCUCGGGCUUCCUGAUCCAAUUCAUCAUCGCGCUGUUUGUCCUGAGAACUGGCGUCGGUUAUGAUAUCUUCAACUUCAUUUCUGGUCUCGCACGAUCGUUGCUCGGGUUUGCUGGUGACGGUUUGGCAUUCUUGACUUCUGCAGACUGGGUUGAUGCCACUCCCUGGUUCCUGGUGACGGUGCUCCCAGCCAUCAUCUUCUUCGUGUCGCUGGUACAGCUGCUCUACUACGUCGGUCUGAUCCAGUGGUUCGUCGGCAAGUUCGCCGUCUUCUUCUUCUGGUCCAUGAGAAUCUCCGGAGCCGAGGCCGUUGUCGCUGCCGCCACGCCUUUCAUUGGACAAGGAGAAUCUGCCAUGUUGAUCAAGCCAUUCGUGCCACAUUUGACCAUGUGCGAGCUGCAUCAAGUCAUGUGCUCUGGAUUCGCCACGAUUGCAGGAUCUGUCUUGGUGGCAUACAUUGGCAUGGGAUUGAACCCACAGGCUCUGAUCUCGUCUUGUGUCAUGUCCAUUCCCGCUUCUCUCGCUGCUUCCAAGAUGCGCUAUCCCGAGGAAGAAGAGUCUCUGACAUCUGGCAAGGUCGUCGUUCCUGACGAUGAUACGCACAAGGCUGCCAAUUCUCUUCAUGCGUUCGCCAACGGAGCCUGGCUCGGUCUGAAGAUCGCUGCGAUGAUCUUGACCACGCUGCUCUGCAUCAUUGCAUUCGUCGCGCUCAUCAACGGUCUUCUCACCUGGUUCGGUCGCUACCUGAACCUGAAUGGCGAAUACGAUCUCACCAUCGAACUGAUCCUCGGAUAUGUCAUGUACCCCGUAGCUUUCUUGCUCGGAGUCCCACGAGGUCCAGAUCUCGUCAAAGUCGGCCGUCUCAUCGGUAUCAAGGUUGUCACUAACGAAUUCGUCGCAUUCACCGCCUUGACCAGCGACGCCAUGUACGCCGACCUCGCCCCCCGUUCCCGACUGAUCGCAACAUAUGCUCUCUGUGGUUUCGGCAACAUUGGAUCGCUGGGCACACAAAUUGGUGUCUUGUCGCAAAUUGCCCCUGGUCGGUCGGGUGAUGUUUCCCGAUUGGCCAUCAGUGCCUUGAUCACGGGUGUCUUGGCGACAUUGUCUUCUGCAUCGAUUGCUGGUUUGGUGAUUCAGCAUGAGCUCGUAUAAGAUACAUACAUGUACCUUGGUGUCAACUGUACCUACCUUGUUGGAUAUCAAUCAUAUAUCAUGUAUUACUUUAUGAAUAUCAUGUAUAGUCACGU